CACGCCGCGGUCGCGCCGUUCCCUGUUCAGCACACACCAGUAGUACGCGCAGACCGUUGUCGCCGUCGCGCCCUGAGCCACAACGCACCGCCGUCGUCGCACUAUAUCUGCUGUCCGGGGCCGCCGCCGCCGCCGCCGUCGAUGGACUCGCGAGCGUCUUCGCUGUCGCCGGUGAUCGACCCGGACGACUCGAGAUCGCCUCCCGCAUCACCUGCACCUGUACCUGUACCGCCGCCGCGCCAAACCGCCGUCGGACACGUUCACGGCCGCAGCAACAACAAUAACAACAACAACAACAACAACAACAACAACAACAAUAACAACGAGGACGACGACGGAGAUGGGCAAUCGUCCGGCGCGACAUCGAAAUCACCACAUGCACGCGCGCCGCCCUCGCCGUCGGACCAUCACCGGGCGCUGAUCGCCGGAAUCACCGCCGCCGCAGCCGCAGCCGCCGCAGAUUUUAAAGAUCCUAAAGAAGACAGUGUAGAAGACUACCGUCAAACAUUCGAUGGUUCGAAAAACAGUAACAGUAAACAGUUAAAUGGUCCGUCCAAUAAGCAGAGGCGAAGUAGGACCAACUUCACUCUUGAACAGCUCAACGAACUCGAAAGACUUUUUGAUGAAACCCACUACCCCGAUGCAUUUAUGAGAGAAGAGCUUAGUCAGCGUCUUGGUCUCAGCGAAGCCAGAGUACAAGUAUGGUUUCAAAACAGACGGGCCAAAUGCCGAAAACACGAAAGUCAAAUGCAUAAAGGCCUAAUGAUGCACCAAAACGUAUCUACGCCUCUAGAGCCGUGUCGAGUGGCCCCAUACGUGAACGUGCCAAGACUGCCGCAGUUGCAAUUCAAUUCUUCGGCUGCAGCUGCGGCCGCGUUUUCCGCGUUCGAUCCGGCCAUCUUGACGGCCGCACAACAGGUAAUUUUGCAUUAUGCAGUAGCCAUGGGAAGAGGUGUUCUAUGCCCUGCGCCAUAUCCUCCAGGUGGUCUGAGUCUAGCUGCUCUUGCGGCAUUACAUCAAGAUAGACUAUUAACCAAAAAUUCCAGUAUAGCUGAUUUGCGGUUAAAAGCUAAAAAACACGCUGAAGCCAUUAGUAGAGACCAGGAGAUUGUUUAACAUUAGACAUGUAUUUUUUUUCAUUGUUUUAUAUUAUAUAUAUACAUAUAUAUAUAUAUGUAUAUUAUACUGUCAACAUUUUUUUUAUAAUACUUUCAUGCUACUUCGAGAUAUCAUAUUACCGUUCCCCCCGGUGAAAAAGGUGACACAAUUAAAAAAAUGCCAAUCAUAUAAGUAUAUUAUUAUGUUAUUAAUAAAUAGGGCUGGGAUUUAUAUGUAAUAAAAACCAAAAAUAUGUACCCAUGUGUAAUUAAA